AUGACCACCUCCACCUAUGUGUCAUUUCCGUUGUAUCUGCCCGACGAGGAGCCGUUCGAGUUUUAUGGAAGAUCAUCCGACUCAACGUGGUCAACAAUCACCCUCUUCGGCGAACAAGUACCCUCGAAGCCGCCACGACGGUUUAUUGAUCGAGAUGGCGAUGUCUACUCGAUGCAUUCAAGACGCUCUCGUGAAUUGCCAAUGGGUGAGAAGUACGCGGUGGAAAUGGUGGAGAAGGGGAAGAGCGGUGUUCGGUUGAUUGAAAGACCAUUCGGCUAUGACACCAAAAGUUUCACCUCAGAAAUUGGUCAACAUCAGCAGAAAACCGACUCUGAAGAAGCCCCAAAGAGUGAUCCGACCGUUCAAAGCACGACCACAAGUCUCAUCUGGGAAAUCGAGCCGGAAGAAGACGUGGAAGAGUAUGUGGGAAAAGAGGUGCACACUGAGGGUGGACGCUUGGAUAAGGCAUUCACGCAAGGAAGAUCGGUUCAAAUGGCGGCCGCAGGCAAUGGCGGCGUUGAUGGAGACGAUUCUCGUGUUGUCACGCUUCAAGUCGGCUUCCCGAUGGAGAAA